UUUUUCUUUUUUCGACCGGCAUAUAUAUCUGUUCGGAUGGAGACGUGCACGUGGCCUUUCGUGUAUCGGUACUUUCUUUUUCCUUCAAGCAUGGUCAGUUGAAUAUUAUUAAUGAAUACUAUGCAAUGUACAUAUAUAUACAGCUUUUCUAUAAGUAUAUCUCUAUAUGUAAUAUAAUGGAAUUUACCUCUUGGAAUUAAAAAAAAACAUCAUAUGACUUUGCAAGAGGCUUGAUUUCUUGGUUGUAAGAAACUAAGGACUGAAUCGGAAAUACAAGAAAAGAUCGUAUAAAAUCGAUCUGGUAUAUACAUGGCAGUUGUAGACAAGAUCAUGAUAAAUUCUUGAGUGUCUACUUAAGAGAGCAACCUUCUGCAAAAUUUCACAAAAAGGAAAAAAAAAACAAAGAAGGGCUAUUUUCAAGAUUCAACGAAACAACCUCGAAAAAUCCGAAACUUUUACAUAUAUAUAGCACAAUUAUAUAUAUAUAUAUAUGAGCAGCACGAGCAAUAAUACCGAUAAUAACCCGGCCGCCAAAAACUUGUUCAAGGCGGCCACUACUUCAACAACAACAACAGCAGCAUCUUCUUGGAGCAAUACUAGAUUAAAAGAUCCACGAAUCGUGCGCGUUUCUCGAGCAUUCGGGGGCAAAGACAGGCACAGCAAAGUAUGCACUGUGAGGGGGUUACGCGACAGGCGGGUGAGGCUAUCGGUUCCCACAGCCAUACAGCUGUACGACCUACAAGAUCGGUUAGGGCUGAACCAGCCGAGCAAGGUCGUCGAUUGGCUGCUCGAUAUCGCAAAGAAUGAAAUCGACGAACUGCCGCCUCUCCAAAUACCUCAAGGGAUGAUGAUCAACUGGAAUUCGAGCAACGUUGUUCCGGAACAUUCUAGAAGAUCGGAGGAUAUUAAUCUUUUCGGUGGGAAUAAUAAUAAAUUAAAGGAAGUGGAUACUAGUAAUAAUCGAGACGAAGCGGAAACUAAUUGGACGAGAUCGAGCGACGAAGGUGCAUUGUAUAAUAAUGUUUCUGCAUACAAUUCGUAUGUGAGAUGGGAUAAUUAUCCUUCGAAUAUGUUGACGCUUUCGCACGACCAACAACACAACAACCACAACCCUACGAAAGGGCAUGCAUUAAUUACGUCGGCUCAUAAUCAAUUAAACGACGAUUGGCAUAAUUUCAGCCUGCAAUUGCCGUCUUAUUUCGCGACGACCGGUGCGGAGUUUGAUGCGGAAAAAGCGAAUUACGACCAGCGCUCGCAAUUGGAGUCUUCUUCGGUGCUUUGUACCGCGAAUCUCCUCCCUUCGCAAAACAACGAUGGAAGCUAGCUAGUUCAAAAUCUAUAUAUAUAUACAUAUACAUAUAUGUAUAUGAAUCUAUAUAUGUAUUGUAUCAUUAUAUGUAUGCACUAGCAUUGUGUUAUAUAUAUAAUUUCAUUGUUUCUACUAUUUGCAGUUUUUAUUUUAAUUUAUUUUCGCUAUGAGAAUUCGUCGUUGAUCGGUACUUUGCAUGAUAAUCUUGAUAUGUAUAUAUCGAUAUAUAUAUUUUGUUCACGAA